CAUUCGGAACCGUGGCUCUCAGUCCUUCAUGGAGACCAGCUCCCAGCAGGAAAUUGGCACCCAGAUGGUUCCUCCACGUGACGUUGUCUCUGGCUGUGGGCUGACUAGAGGACACCUGGAGGCCAGGCCAGCCCUUUGUCAGUCAUUCGUGUCGGGGCAGCAUGGUGCGGAUUCAGAGGAGGAAGCUUUUGACAUCUUGCCUUUGUAUGACAGCCACUGUCUUUCUGAUGGUCACACUCCAGGUAGUGGUUGAGCUUGGGAAAUUUGAAAGGAAGAAGUUUAAAAACUCCGAUUUGCAAGAUGGACAGAAAGAUGUGGAGGGGGAUCCCAAACACCUGAACCCACUUCCUAAAAAGGACGCACUGGCCUUGUCUGGAAGGAACAAGGUGGAUGCUGGUAGCUACCCCAUUGUGCUGUGGUGGUCUCCACUGACUGGAGAGACUGGCAGGCUCGGCCAGUGUGGGGCAGAUGCUUGCUUCUUUACUAUCAACAGGACCUUCCAGCAUCAUCCUAUGACCAAGGCCUUCCUCUUCUACGGUACUGACUUUAACAUAGACAGCUUACCUCUGCCUCGGAAAGCCCAUCAUGACUGGGCCCUUUUCCAUGAAGAGUCCCCCAAAAACAAUUAUAAACUCUUCCACAAGCCAGUCAUCACCUUAUUCAACCAUACGGCCACAUUCAGCAGGCAUUCCGACUUGCCACUGACUACACAGUACCUGGAAAGUGUAGAAGUCUUGAAGUCACUCAGAUACUUAGUUCCUUUACAGUCUAAAAACAACCUGAGACAAAAACUGGCCCCACUGGUGUAUGUUCAGUCGGACUGUGAUCCACCGUCAGACAGGGACAGCUAUGUUCGGGAGCUGAUGGCUUACAUUGAAGUUGAUUCGUACGGCGAGUGUUUACAAAACAGACAUCUCCCUCAGCAGCUGAAAAACCCUGCCUCUAUGGAUGCGGAUGCCUUCUACAGGGUCCUUGCCCAGUAUAAGUUCAUCCUUGCUUUUGAGAAUGCAGUCUGUGAUGAUUACAUCACCGAGAAGUUCUGGAGACCACUGAAGCUGGGAGUCGUGCCGGUGUAUUACGGAUCUCCCACCAUCGCAGACUGGCUUCCAAGUAACAGAAGUGCCAUUCUUGUGUCGGAAUUUUCUCACCCCAGAGAACUGGCAAGCUUCAUCAGGCAACUGGAUUAUGACGACGGGUUGUAUGGGACCUAUGUGGAGUGGAAGCUAAAGGGCGAGAUCUCUAACCAGCGACUUCUGACAGCUCUCCGGGAACGGGAGUGGGGCGUGCAGGACAUCAACCAGGACAACUACAUUGACACAUUCGAGUGUAUGGUGUGCCGCAGGGUGUGGGCCAACAGGAGGCUACAGGAGCAGGGCUUACCACCCAAACAAUGGAAGGCAGACGUUAGCCACCUGCAUUGCCCAGAGCCUACCCUGUUCGCCUUCUCAUCUUCAGCUUCUCCGGCCCUACGUGGGAGAUCAUUGCGAGAACUGUGGCUACCCAGCUUUCAACAGUCUAAGAAGGAAGCCCAGGCACUGAGGUGGCUGGUGGAUAGGAAUCGAAACUUUUCAUCGGAAGAGUUUUGGGCUCUAGUAUUUAAGGACUCAUUUUAAAAGGUACUAGACUGACAGAGUAAGCUUAAUUCUCUUGGUGGCCUUAAUAUUUGAAGAUGAAAGACGAUGGCUAUUCCACCCAGCCUCCUUUAGCGUAGGGAGUAAUUGUAGCAGUUCUCACAAAGAGCCCUGGUGAGUAGUAGCUGUGAAUUACUCCUAGCGGUUGCCUCUGUAUUUUUAGACUUUUAAAAAUGGACAUUGGGUGCCUUCAGGUUAUGCAUUUGGACCCAGGGACUGGCUGUCUUCUGUGGAAACCAACCUAACGUCCCGAGCUUUCCUUACUGCACAGUUCGUUGUGAGUGCGUGAUAUGCACCUCCCUGUCAGCAGCUCACUGGUCCUUGGCCAGCCCAGUUUCUUGAGGCUGGGAAUGAAUGAACCGCAUCAGAACUUGGCAGUGAGAGUCUCCAUCUGUUCUCAGGGAAGUGAGUGAGUAAGAAAAGCUCUAUCGGGCUCCUCUGCUCCCCCAGUCCAUGUUCCCAUCCUCCUUCCUUUCCUCACCUGCAAGCCACCUCGCCAGCCUUGCCUGUAUUCGCCUCACCUGUGCCCUCCUCGCAUUUCCCUCUGAAGGGGAAUUUUCUAGAAAGAUGUAACUUCUCCUGGCUUCUCCACCAGUGACAUGUCAAUGAUAGUUUCUGAUCCAACAGAGGCAGGAGAGGAAAAAUAGUCAGCUUCGUGGCAAACAGCCAUUUGUUUUGAUCAGGUUGUGGGAUGCCAGUGCCCUGGGCUCUCCUCUGGUUUGAAGCUGAUUACCCGUAGAAUGAUGGAUACAGCCUGUCAGUGUGGGCAGGCAGGCUGCCGAGGAGCGUUUCCUAGUUUCCAAGGCUGACACCGGUAAAGGUUCAGCUGGGUUAUCUGGUUCCCUGCUGGAGCUCUCUGAAAACAAGGAACCACACUGACUUUCAUUCCAGUAGAUAGUAGCAAGACUUCUGGCCCACACCAAAGCCUUUUGGUAACUGGUGUGUUGGCCUUUGUGUUUAUGUGGGAAGGCAAGCCAUUGAUCUCUCCAGCUGUGGAAGCCAGCCUGCGAGAUGAGGAUUGGAAGCAACCCAUUCUUGAUGACCGGUCGGGUCACCUUGCUGGUGGCAGAACCUGCCUGUGGAGAGUUUCUCCUCAUCUCACAUCUGUCAUGGACUAAACAUGGGCGUAGACAAAUCUCUUAAGCUCCCUGGACCUUGAAUUUGUAUCUUAAGAAGAAGUGGCCUUUGAAGUUGUGACUUACUCAUCUGAGUUUAAGACGGUUAAUUUCACAGGUGCUUUUUACUCAAGUGGGAAUAAACUGGCAUAGAUGUGUGUUUCUCAAAAGAAAUAUAGUCUUUGGAGGAAGGGUCGUAUGCAUUUUACAUAAUAUUGGAAAUGAAGGGGAUUCUCUAUUAUUUUAUCUAAUAACAUCAACACAGUAAGUGUUUGAAAAGGGGUUGUUGGUGUAAAGUCAGGCCUUAAACUGUAUGCUUAAUGAAGUGGAAUUCUAUCUGAAUCCUCAGAAAUGGUCUGCAAAAGGAUUUAUACCUUUGCACAAUAAAACACUAGCUUCACUUUGCAUAAUUGUCUAAA